AUGGAGCUGGACAAGGUUGUUAACUCCAGAGCAGGGAGGUGGUACGGUUACCUCCAGGUGCUACAGUUUUCUCCGGAUGGAACAAUUUCCUCCGGGUGCUACAGUUCCCUCUGGGUGCUACAGAUUCCUCCGGGUGCUUCAGUUCCCUCCGGGUGCUACAGUUUCUUCCGGGUGCUUCAGUUCCCUCCGGGUGCUACAGUUUCCUCCGGGUGCUACAGUUCCCUCCGGGUGCUACAGUUUCCUCCGGGUGCUACAGUUCCCUCCGGGUGCUACAGUUUCCUCCGGGUGCUUCAGGUCCCUCCGGGUGCUACAGUUUCUUCCGGGUGCUUCAGUUCCCUCCGGGUGCUACAGUUCCCUCCGGGUGCUACAGUUCCCUCCGGGUGCUACAGUUUCCUCCGGGUGCUUCAGUUUCCUCUGGGUGCUACAGUUCCCUCUGGGUGCUACAGAUUCCUCCGGGUGCUUCAGUUCCCUCCGGGUGCUACAGUUCCCUCUGGGUGCUACAGUUUCCUCCGGGUGCUACAGAUUCCUCUGGGUGCUACAGUUUCCUCCGGGUGCUACAGUUUCCUCCGGGUGCUACAGUUCCCUCUGGGUGCUACAGUUUCUUCCGGGUGCUACAGUUCCCUCCGGGUGCUUCAGUUCCCUCCAGCCCGACUUGCCGAGCACUUGAUUAGUGUCUGCGGGACGGCCGAUAAACGCUGCUGA